AUGGCAACCGGUAUGCUGGGAGAUAUCGAGCUGGGACUGACAAGCACGAGGCAGACCCCAGCUCCUGGCUACCCUCUAUUUUCAGAAUUAAUCGCAUCGCAUCCCUCAUUUCAUCUUUGCCGGCAGUUUGGUGAGCUCCGAGCACGUCUUCUGCUCCUUAAACAAGACAGGUUGGCAGAGCUGGAGUUGGAGUUGCGGCGACUCGAUGGCGACGAGACCAAUCGCCUGUUUCUGGCAAGCAGAAGAUCAGAUCGCAAUCAAGGCCGACAGGACCUAAUUACCAAGAUCGACCUCGCCAUGAAGGAUUAUGAUUUAUUCCUCGCAAGACUUCGGGCAGUCCUUGCAUAUGACUCGGCCCCUCCGAGGGCAGUCGGCAACUUGCAAAGAUGGAUCCGAGGGCAUCCAUGCAUGGCCAGAGAAGAGACCGCCUAUCUUGAUCAAACAGGGGAUCUCAUCUCCAUCAGCCCCCUCGACGACAGCACAACAGCCUGGCUCCAAGCCGCUAUAGGAGACGCCCUCGUCUGUCUCGGGCCCAAGCGGCAAGGUCAAGGCAUAUACCGCUUCAGGUCAGCCUUGUUCAGAGCAGGCGUCCGGACUGUCGUGGCCCUGUUGAUCGCCAGCGUUCUGCUGAGCCCGGUGGUUGUCUGCAACUUUGUGCCGGACCUCUCCGCUCGCCUGUGGGUUGUCUCGGUGGCGACGGCGAUUUUCGUUGCCAUCUUGGCGACUCUGACCAAGGCGAGCACUGUCGAGCUCGUCAUGGUCGGCACGACUUUUACCACAGUAAUGGUCGUUUUUAUCUCUACACACUAA